CCCCCGCGGCCUAUACAAGCAGCCCCGGCCUGCCGCGGUUCGCAUCGGAGCUCUGGGGGACCAAGCGAAGAUGGCUGAGUAUUUGCGGCUGCCCAAUUCCCUGGCGAUGAUUCGCCUUCGCAACCCUCCUGUCAACGCGAUCAGUGUAUCUGUACUCAAUGGUAUAAAAGAAGGCCUAGAAAAGGCCAGAGCAGAUGAUACGGUGAGAGCCAUUGUGUUAUGUGGAGCAGAUGGCAAGUUCUGUGCAGGUGCUGAUAUCCACAACUUCCAGGCUCCUAAGACCUCUGGCUUUGGGCUGGUGGAUGCAGUAGAGGAAUUACUGAGAAAUGAGAAGCCAGUGGUGGCAGCCAUAGAAGGCAUGGCCUUGGGAGGUGGCCUGGAGCUGGCCCUGGGCUGUCACUAUAGAGUUGCCCAAAUACAGGCUGAAUUUGGCUUUCCAGAAGUCAAACUAGGACUUCUUCCUGGUGCAAGAGGAACCCAGCUUCUCCCUAGACUCAUUGGAGUGCCUGCCGCCCUUGACUUAAUUACCUCAGGAAGAUACAUUACGGCAAGGGAAGCAGACAGGCUGGGGAUUCUUGAUGAAGUUGUGAUUUCAGACCCAAUUGAAGAAGCAAUUAAAUUCAUCCAGAAAGUUUUAGAUCAACCUCUAGAGUCACGCCGACUCUACAAGAAGCCAGUUCAGAGCUUGCCCAACAUGGAUGACAUUUUCACUGAAGCCUUGAUGAAGAUGCGGAAGCAGCAGCCCGGGUGCCUUGCCCCAGAGAUGUGUGUCCGUGCCGUGCAGGCUGCUGUGAAGUAUCCCUAUGAAAUGGGCGUCAAGGAGGAGGACAAGUUAUUUAUGUACCUCCGGGGAUCAGGUCAGGCUCGAGCCCUGCAGUAUGCUUUCUUUGCUGAAAGGAAUGCAAGUAAGUGGUCGACUCCCUCUGGAGCAUCCUGGAAGACAACAUCGGCACAGCCCAUCUCUUCUGUUGGUGUUGUGGGUUUGGGAACAAUGGGCCGAGGCAUUGUCAUUUGUUUUGCAAGGGCCAAGAUUCCUGUGAUUGGAGUAGAAUCAGACGCAAAACAACUUGAAGCUGCAAGCAAGGUGAUAACCUCUGUCUUGGAAAAGGAAAAAUCCAUGAUGAAGCAAAAGGGCCGUUCUUGGUCUGCAAUAAAACCCAGGUUAACUUCAUCCCUGAACAAACUCAGUGAUGUCGAUUUAGUCAUUGAAGCAGUGUUUGAGGACAUGGACUUGAAGAAAAAGGUUUUUGCUGAAUUGUCCACUGUGUGCAAGCCAGAAGCGUUCUUGUGCACCAACACUUCCGUCCUGGAUGUUGAUGAGAUUGCUUCUUCCACAAACCGACCCCAUAUGGUCAUUGGCACCCACUUCUUUGCACCAGCUCACAUUAUGAGAUUAUUGGAGGUGAUUCCUAACAAAUACUCCUCCCCCACUACCAUUGCUACUGUCAUGGGCUUAGCUAAAAGGAUUAAAAAGGUUGGAGUGGUUGUAGGUAACUGUCAUGGUUUUGUUGGGAACCGAAUGCUGAGACCAUAUUAUGACCAGUCACACUUCCUGUUGGAAGAUGGCAGUAAGCCAGAGGAGAUAGACCAGGUACUGGAAGAGUUUGGUUUUAGAAUGGGACCUUUCAGGGUAUCUGACCUUUCUGGGUUGGAUGUGGGUUGGAGAAUUCGGAAAGGGCAAGGCCUUACUGGGCCUGCAUUGCCUCCGGAAACUCCUGUCCGAAAGCGGAAUGACAAGAGAUACUGCCCGAUUGCGGAUAUGCUCUGUGAAUCAGGACGAUUUGGCCAGAAGGUAGGCAAGGGUUGGUAUCAGUAUGAUGGGCCAAUGGGUAGGAUUCCUAAACCUGACCCUUGGCUUUCCCAAUUCCUGUCAGAGUACAGAGAAACCUAUGGCAUUGAGCCUCGUGUCAUCAGCCGGGAAGAGAUCCUAGAGCGCAGCUUAUACGCACUUAUCAAUGAAGGCUUCCGCGUUCUGGAGGAAGGGCUAGCUGCCAGCCCUGAGCACAUUGAUGCUAUCUAUCUGCAUGGGUUCAACUGGCCCAGACACAGAGGUGGGCCCAUGUUCUAUGCCUCCACCGUUGGCUUGCCCACGGUUCUAGAGAAGCUGGAGAAAUAUUGCAGACAGAAUCCUGAUAUUCCUCAGCUGGAGCCCAGUGACUAUCUUAAAAAGCUGGCUGCUCAGGGAAACCCUCCUCUGAAACAGUGGCAGGAUUUGGCAGGGCCCCCAAGCAGUAAACUGUAAUCCAGGGCCCAGCUUACUCCUCAUAGUUGGUUUUAGCUAAUUCCAGCUGAGUUCCAAUCAAAUUAUAGCCAAAAUUAUAGAACAAAAGAAAUAGUUUAUUACCUAAUUUUAAGAAUCAUUCUCUGUAUUUUGUCUCUAUCAGACCAUUGAAGGGUUAAACUGGUGGCAACCAAACACCCAUAAUACCUGAUAGGAGAGCUUCCAGAACAAGUUGAGGUCCCCAAAUGUUCUAAUCAUUGGAGAACUAUAUCAUCAAUUAAUAAAUGAUGACUGCAGCUAAGUCAUCACUCAUUUGCCCCUUUCAGCCUCACACACUUAGUAGUGAUGGGAAAUGCUACAGAUCAUACAUCUAGUAAACAUUGAUGGAGAACUUCUCAGCAGCUCUCAGUCCUCACUUGGCACUUGGCAGACUAGAUUCUGGGGUGUGUGGUUGAGGUGGGGAGACUUGGGGGCAGUUCAUGAGAGCACUAGGGAAGCUACUAUGCUGCCAUUUAGUGAAUGUGCUCUGUGGUGAAGUGCAGAGUUUGGCAGGCUAGAGUCAGAAUGAAGGUCUCUGUGACAGGGCAUGGAAAGCUGCCCAAGGACAUCAGCAGAGGUGGUAACCGGAGAGACACUGCUGUGCCUUGGAGGGGUUAGGUAAAGCACAGGUGGGCAUGGUGAAGGAACCCAGCGCUUCAGAGCAGAUUGAGGAACGGCAACUGAGCUUGGUAAGUCAAAUUCAACACAUGACACCUGUCUAAGGCCCAGUCCCACAGUUGCACUUGCUGUCUGCAGGGGAUUCAGUCAUGUCUGUUGAUCAUUUCCACAGAGAGUGGACAUGCACAAUAUGGUCUUUACUUUUCUUCAAAGGGAGCAAUAGGAGGUGAUAAGUUGUUAACUUAGUGUUUGAAGGAGUCUUCAAGAUCAUUUCAUUUUCUAGGAUUUCAUAAUUCUUGUCAUAGUCACAUGCCAAUUUCUCUGUCAGGAUAAACCUUAGUGAUGUCACAUAUGAAAAUGGUUAUUUCUUAAAGUCUAAAAGGACUGCGAAAGUUUUAUACCUUCUUGUUUUGUGUGGUCAAACUAAGGGGCUGAGCAGCAUGAAAACGUUACAGAAAAGGGACAGAGUGAUUUAUAACAACUAAAAAUUGAAAACAGUCCAAAUGACCUUAAAAGAGAAAUGGAUAACCAAUGGGUGACACAUCCAUACAAUGAGCUUUAUUAUUCAGCCCUGAAAACUGAUGAAGUACUGGCCCAUGCUAUAACAUGAGUCUUGAAAACACUUUGCUCUGUGAAAGAAGAGAGAAAAGACCAAGGAUUGUACUCACGUGUAUAUGGAAUGUUGUUUGCCCAAGGCUUAGAAGUGCAGAAGAAUGGGGACUGGAGAGUGACUAUUAGUAGAACUACAAUUUCUUUUUGGGUUGAUUUAAAUGUUCUAACAUUAUUGUAGAAAUGAAUCAUAACUAUGAUUAUACUAAACCAAUUGACUUGUAUAUUUGAAAUGGGUCAAGUGAAUGGUAUGUGCAUUAUAAAAUUAGACUAACAUUCUAAAGAGUAGUAUAAGUGAUUUAUUCUCAUAAUGUUUCCCCUGUGAUUUCAUGCAAAAUUAUAUCCCAUGUAGUAUCUUGCAAGCAAAUAAAGAAAA